UUAUUAUGUGGUGAUCCCUUUCGGUUUGGGAUAACCCUUCGGCUUCCGUCGACUUCUAAACCCCCUUCCCUCGACACUGUGGUUUUGUCCUCGAUUUCUUCUGGAUUUUUUUUAUUUAUUGGUUCCUCCGGUUUGGUUGAUCGAUUUGGGAGCCUAAAUCUUGAAAGCGAGUUCUCGAUUGGUCGUUCUGGAUCGCGAAUCAUCUCCUCUGGGGAGACCAUCGCCUGGUUUCCAGAUUCAUGAAGUGGCUGUAAGAAUUGUUCUAUACCAUGGGAAGAGGGAAAAUUCUAGCUAUUUGCCAAUCUGGUGGAGGAUUUGUUACAAAUAAUGAUGGAACCCUGUCUUAUUCUGGUGGUGACGCACAUGCAAUUGAUGUUGACAGUGAAAUGUCACUCUAUGAUUUGAAGUCAGAGAUAUCUUCUAUGUUUAACAUCAAUGCUGAACUAUUUUCAAUUAAGUACUUCCUUCCAAGAAACAAACGGACUCUCAUCACAAUAUCUAACGACAAAGACCUGCGACGCAUGGUUAAUUUUAAUGCAAAUUCAGAUACAACUGACAUAUAUAUCCUGAAGAAAGCUGAAAACAGGAUAAUUAGGAGCGUUGUGGCUGACUCAGGUAUGUUGACCGAUGCUAACACCACCUCACUAGAUACUCUUGAUGAAGCUAAACGGCGAAGAUUAUGUACCGAUUGGAAUAGUAUGAUCACUGGCGUAGGUCAGGUAUUGUCUAGUCCAAAGGCCUUCCGUGAUGCAUUGCACAAGUACGCCAUUGCAAAUAGUUUCAUGUAUAGAUUUAUUAAGAAUGACAGAUCUCGGGUAACUGCUGAAUGUACUAUUGAGGGUUGUCCAUGGAGAAUACAUGCAUCUAGGUCAUCUGCCAAACAAGAAUUUAUGAUUAAGAAAAUAAAUGAUACUCAUACAUGUGGAAAGGAACUUAGUAAGGAAAGUCGUCGGCUUGCAUCACAAAGAUGGGUUGCUAGUAUUAUAAAGGACAAGUUGCGAGAGACACCAAAUUAUAAGCCAAUGGAUAUUGCAAAUGAUCUUCAACGAGAAUAUGGACUCAGCUUAAACUACUCACAAGCAUGGCGUGGCAAAUUUAUUGCCAAGAAAGAGCUCCACAACUCACAUGAAGAGGCUUGCAAUCAACUGCCCUGGUUCUGUGAGAGGAUAAUAGAGACAAAUCCAGGUAGUGUUGCAACAUUACAGACAUCAGAUGAUUCAAGAUUUCGUUUCUUUGUUGCCUUUCAUGCCUCACUUUAUGGUUUCGAGCAUGGUUGCCGCCCUCUCCUUUUUCUUGAUGACUUAUCUCUGAAAGCAAAUAAGCAGUGGAAGUUUCUAGUCGCAACUGCAGUUGAUGGAGAGAAUGAUAUCUAUCCGGUUGCUUUCUCUGUUGUAGAUUCUGAGACAAGGGAGAAUUGGCAUUGGUUUUUGGUACAGCUUAAGUCUGCUUUUACUCUGUCUCGUGUCAUCACUUUUGUGUCAAGCUGUCAAUAUGGCUUGGAGGAGGAAUUGUCCAAGGUGUUUGAGGACAGUUUUCAUUGCUACAGCGAACAGUGCCUCAUAGAAAAUUUUAUGACAGAGAUGGAGAACACCUGGACACAGGAAGUGAAGGAUAAAAUGGUCGAUCAUCUUAGAAGAGCCAUAUAUGCUUGUAAAGUUGAUGAGUUCAAUGAAUCCAUUGAAAACAUCAGGAUUCAGUCAAAAGAACUUGCUGAAUGGGUUUUGGCCAUGAAACCAGAAUCCUGGUCUGAUGCCUUCAUCAAGGGUUCGAGACACGGUCAUUACUCAUCUGGUGCUACAGAGAAAUUCAACAGCUGGGUAUCGACGAGAUAUGAACCAUCAGUACUGCAGAUAAUUGACAUCCUGAGGUGCAAGCUGAUGGAGUUGAUGUUUAGCCGCCGUGAGUCUUCAAACACUUGGACUGAGGCACUUGUACCCUCCGCAAAUCAGAAGGUACAGGAAGAGAUGAUCAAAGCACGCUCUCUUGGUGUGAUUUGUUCAGCUGGCAGUGUGUUUGAGGUGAGCGAUGAGUCGACCAAAAUCGUCAACACCGAAACUAGGGAAUGCACAUGCAGACGAUGGCAGGUGACUGGCCUACCUUGUGUGCACGCUCUUGCUGUACUGGAACAAACCAAUCAAUGCAUAUAUGAUUAUUGUUCCAAGUACUUCUCGACGGGGUGCUACCGUCUAGCUUAUUCAUUGUCCAUCAAUCCCAUACCUGAUGUUGGUCGGCCGGUCUGCACCAACCUCUUCCAUGCUGCAAGUACAUGGCCUCCUCGUACCCGCCGGCUGGCCGGCCGGCCAAAGGAAAAGCCUGUAGAACCUAGGAUUGUGAUAAAAAGAGCAGUUCACUGCAGCAAGUGCCAAGGGCUAGGGCAUAAUAAGCAGACCUGCAAAGCACAGAUUUAGAUAUGUUACCCGUUCUCUGUAUCCAUAUUAGUCUUUUGUAAGGAUGUACAUUACCUGUUUAAAUUAAAGAUUUGAGUUGGGUUAU